GGCUCUCCUCAGACCACAAAAAAGUAUUAGUCAAAAACUCAAUCCAAAACACAAUGUAGCCCAAGCCACCCACAACUCAAUCCAAACUGGUUUUCGGCCAAAAAUGGCCGCAGACCUCUGUUCCCGUUCUCCGGCCUUCCUCCUCUCCACAACCGCCACCACCACUCCCCAACGCUCCCAACCCACCACCGCCUUCUUACCCUUGUUCUCCCUCUCCCCCUCCAAGCCCCUCCUCCACAAAACCCACCUCCGCCCCAAGCCCAAGUUCAACGUCCUCUCUCAGGCCGCCGGACCCCCCCAGCCCACUUCCCAGCUCGGCCACGACCGCCUCUCCAAGGUCCCCAUCUCCCACAUCCGCAACUUCUGCAUCAUCGCCCACAUCGACCACGGCAAGUCCACUCUCGCCGACAAGCUUCUAGAAUCCACCGGAACAGUCCAGAAGCGUGAAAUGAAGGAGCAGUUUCUCGACAACAUGGACCUGGAGCGCGAGAGAGGCAUCACCAUCAAGUUACAGAUAGCUCGGAUGAGGUACAGUUACAAAACCGGUGAACCCUUCUGCCUGAACUUGAUCGACACUCCUGGACAUGUCGACUUCAGCUACGAGGUUUCGAGGUCUUUGGCUGCCUGUGAAGGUGCUUUGUUAGUUGUCGAUGCUUCGCAGGGUGUCGAGGCGCAGACAUUGGCGAAUGUUUAUCUUGCAUUGGAGAAUAACUUGGAGAUUAUUCCUGUUUUGAAUAAGAUUGAUCUUCCUGGGGCGGACCCGGAUACUGUAAUGAAGGAGAUUGAGGAGGUUAUUGGGUUGGAUUGUAGUAAUGCGAUACUCUGUUCUGCUAAGGAAGGGAUUGGGAUCAGUGAGAUUUUGGAUGCCAUUGUUGAGAGGGUGCCUCCACCUGUUGACACUGCUGACAAGCCGCUGAGGGCUUUGAUUUUCGAUAGUUAUUUUGAUCCUUAUAGGGGUGUGAUUGUGUAUUUUAGGGUGAUUGAUGGGAAGAUAAAGAAGGGGGAUAGGGUUUAUUUUAUGGCUAGUGGGAAGGACUACUAUGCUGAUGACCUUGGGGUUUUGUCUCCGACUCAGUUUCAAGUUGGGGAGCUUUAUGCCGGUGAGGUGGGGUUUCUUUCGGCUUCUAUAAGAUCGGUGGCUGAUGCGAGAGUUGGGGAUACGAUCACGCAUUAUGGUAGGAAGGCGGAGAGUUCAUUGCCGGGUUAUGAGGAGGCUACUCCAAUGGUGUUCUGUGGGAUGUUCCCGGUGGAUGCAGACCAGUUUCCAGACUUGAGGGAUGCGCUUGAGAAGCUGCAGCUUAAUGAUGCUGCUUUGCAGUUUGAGCCAGAGAGUUCGAGUGCUAUGGGUUUUGGGUUUAGAUGUGGGUUCUUGGGGCUUCUGCACAUGGAAAUUGUGCAGGAAAGGCUGGAGAGAGAGUACAAUCUGAGCUUGAUUACUACUGCACCUAGUGUUGUGUAUAAAGUGAACUGUGUAAAUGGGGAAGUUGUUGAAUGCUCGAAUCCAUCUUUGCUUCCUGAACCUGGGAAAAGGAAGUCGAUUGAGGAGCCUAUUGUGAAGAUUGAGAUGCUUACACCGAAAGAGUAUAUCGGCCCCCUUAUGGAGUUGGCGCAGGACAGAAGAGCAGAGUUUAAGGAAAUGAAGUUUAUUGCUGAGAAUAGGGCAUCACUCACUUAUGAAUUACCCCUAGCUGAGAUGGUAGGUGAUUUCUUUGACCAGCUCAAAUCCAGGAGUAAGGGUUAUGCUAGCAUGGAGUAUACUUUACUUGGGUACAAAGAAAGUGAUCUAAUAAGACUAGAUAUUCAAAUUAAUGGUGAUCCUGUAGAGCCAUUGGCUACUAUUGUUCACAAGGAUAAGGCAUAUGCUGUAGGGAGGGCGUUGACACUAAAGCUGAAGGAGCUUAUACCAAGACAGAUGUUUAAAGUACCGAUUCAAGCAUGCAUAGGUACGAAAGUGAUUGCCAGUGAAGCUUUAUCGGCAAUUAGAAAGGAUGUUUUAGCCAAAUGCUAUGGCGGAGACAUUUCAAGGAAAAAGAAAUUGCUUAAGAAACAGGCUGAGGGAAAGAAAAGAAUGAAGGCAAUCGGUAAAGUUGAUGUGCCUCAAGAAGCCUUCAUGGCUGUGUUGAAACUUGAAAAGGAGGUAUUAUGAUCAUGUAAGUUUGUUGCUUCUAACAAUAUCUUGAAAAUUGUAAAUUUUUGUGGAUUAUGAGAAGCUUGAGCAGCUUCCAUCGAGCUUGAAAAAUUCAAUAUAAUCAUAUAAUGUGGUGCUA